AUGGUUAACAAAUUAUCAACACAUCCUUCGGAAAAAACAAAGUUACGAAAACCAUCUCAACAAACUCUUUUUCUUCGUCUUUCAUUUUUUUUACCUUUAAUUCUUGGAUUUUUCUUCUACCGUUAUGUAAAUUCUGGACCUUUCUUACCGUUAUCUUGUCAGCUAUUUAGUUUGGGAUGUCCUGUAGCCAAAGAUACAGUGAGAGGUUUCGUAGAUCCUAAAUUUAAAGAGGUUAAAGAAAUUUUUGAGAAAAAUAUUGAAAGUGGUGAAGAAGUUGGUGCUUCGGUGACUGUUUAUUAUCAAGAUGAAGUUGUUGUUGAUUUGACUGGAGGAAUUGCUAAUAUUGAAACUGGUAGAAUUUAUGAUAAGGAUACAUUACAACUUGUAUUCUCAAGUACUAAAGUAUUGACUUCAGUCGUGAUUGCACAGUUAGUUGAAAAAGGUAUACUCGACUAUUCCGAAAAGAUUGCUACUUAUUGGCCAGAAUUUGCUCAAGGCAACAAAGAAAAUGUAACUCUAAAUGAACUUAUGACACAUACCGCUGGUGUAGGUUGGAUCGAUACUAAACAAUUGAAAAUAAGUGAUUUAAAGGAUCUCGAUCAUUUAGAAGAAAUCCUUGCUCGUCAACCUCAUAAUUUUAACGGAAAACCAACCAGAUCUUAUCAUGCACUUACACGUGGAUUUUAUUUAAACGCUAUAGUUCGUAGAAUGGAUCCUAAUCAUCGUACUAUUGGCCAAAUUGUUGCCGAAGAAAUUUUACCAACUUAUAAUAUUGACUUUCAUUAUAAAACAACUAAAGAACUUUAUCCUCGAGUAGCAAAUAUUUAUGUUUAUCCUUUACCUAGAGUUUUAGGAAAGUUAUUAUUACCAAAAUGGAUGAUAAAAUAUCCUCUUCAUGCUGUAUUUAAUUAUAUGUUCGAUUCUAGUUCAAUGACUUUUAAAACUUUAGUGGCCACGUCUCCUGAUCAAUCACAACCAAAAGAUUGGAAUAAUUUUGAAAUGUUACAAUACGAAGGUCCAAGUUAUAAUGGUGUUACAAAUUCAAGAUCUAUGGCUAAAUUAGCUGCUAUAAUGGCUAAUAAAGGUCAACCAUUACCGGGUUCGAAAGAACCUCCAUUAUUUAAAAAAUCUACUUAUGAUUUAUUAACAAAAAAUGAUAAAACUGAAUAUGAUUUAGCAAUUCAUGAAAGAAUAACAAUGUUAUACGGUGGAUUAGGUAAUUUUAGUCUUGAUGGUUUUGAUUGGGAAUUUUGGGGUUGGGGUGGAUCAGGUGGAAGUAUGUUGCUUUGGAAUCCCGAACAUAAAAUUGCUCUUGGUUAUUGUAUGAAUGCUUUUCAUACUGCUCUAUUAGGUGAUCAUAGAAGUUUGGAUUUGUUGAAGAGUAUAAUAAAUACUGUUAAGCAAUUGAAAAAUCUAUAA